UGCAAACCAUUUCAGUCUGUGUAGUGGCCUGAGAACAGAGAGACUGAGCGACAGAAAGAAAGCAAGGAAGCCUGCCUGCAACACAAAAAACAGAGGAAGAAUAAUUGGGAUUGCGUGGCGCUUUGUUGUUUCUCUCAUCAACGGAGCUCUCUAAAAAAAAUAGAAGUGGAGAGAGAAAGGAGAGUAUCCGGGGAUUGUCUGGGAGAGAGAACGCCUGCAAGGCAGAGUCGGAGGCAGCGAUCAGACUGGGUCUCGGACUGUCUGGGUCUCUGCCCUCUGGAUACAGUCCCACGACUCACAGCAGCUCUGCCUGGCUGGACUGGGCUCACCCCCCAACCCACCUACCAUCUCUCCCUAACGAACCCUCUCACCCCCCUCCCGGAUUCAGCCUCCACUCUGAAUUUACUGUCUCUUCUUGACUGGAGCUGUGGAUGAGCAGCGUGAUGGAAGGUGGGAGAUGAUAGACAGGCGUCUCGUCUACGAUAGGAAAAAGGUCUGGAUCUCUUUGUUCUGGUUUUUGAAUUGCAAGACUGACUUGUGCGGAGUGGCGGAUGUUGGGAUUUAGUUUUUUUUAUCGCUGAUGACGAGGAUAAUGAUGAUGUCAGCAAGGGGGAUGAAGGAGCAUUCCAGGCACAGAGCGGGCCGCUGCCUUCAGACACACAUCACUCAUGCUUUGUGAUGAGAUUGGAAGAGAGAAAAAGGAGAGAGAAAAGAUAGUCUGUCUGCAAGGACUCACAGGACCAAAACAGGCUAUGAUUGACUGCUCGGUUACUUUGUAUGAGAUUUUUUGCUUCCGUUUUGAUUCCCUCAAAAGAAUCAACUCUUUUAUUAAGUCAUUCCCAUGGUUUUGGGUUGACAGCAAACUUGAACCAAGACAGAAAAACAUCAACAAAGCCAUUUGGAUCUGCACUUUUUUUUUCUUUCCCACCCCCUGCACAACCUCUUUUUAUAUCAGGGAGUAGAGGAUUUCUCACCCCCUGCACAACCUCUUUUUAUAUCAGGGAGUAGAGGAUUUCUCACCCCCUGCACAACCUCUUUUUAUAUCAGGGAGUAGAGGAUUUCUCACCCCCUGCACAACCUCUUUUUAUAUCAGGGAGUAGUGGAUUUCCCACCCCCUGCACAACCUCUUUCUACAUCAGGGAGUAGUGGAUUUCUCACCCCCUGCACAACCUCUUUUUAUAUCAGGGAGUAGAGGAUUUCUCACCCCCUGCACAACCUCUUUUUAUAUCAGGGAGUAGAGGAUUUCUCACCCCCUGCACAACCUCUUUUUAUAUCAGGGAGUAGUGGAUUUCUCACCCCCUGCACAACCUCUUUCUACAUCAGGGAGUAGUGGAUUUCUCACCCCCUGCACAACCUCUUUUUACAUCAGGGAGUAGUGGAUUUCUCACCCCCUGCACAACCUCUUUCUACAUCAGGGAGUAGUGGAUUUCUCACCCCCUGCACAACCUCUUUUUACAUCAGGGAGUAGUGGAUUUCUCACCUUAAAAGGAGACUUUACACACUUCUUUGGCUGCUUCUCACUGAGACCGUUGCUCAACCCUUCUCUGCUGCUUAUCCUGUUGUGGCAGAGCGAGGAGAGCAGGAAGGGAAGGAAGGAGUUGAAGAGUGGGAAUGAUUCAGGAGUAGGGAGUUGAACGACUGUGUGUGUGAGGGGGGAGUUCAAGUCAAACGGAACAAAAAGGAACAAAGGGUUGUUAUCUCCACGGCACUCACCUCGUUCUGGACUUUGGACGUCUACGAGACCGCCCCUGCCUCCUUCCUGAUAACCUUCCAAAUGAGCAGUGCUCAUUAAUAUGCUGCCGGAGGAGAGGAGCAUCUGCAUGCAGGACACUCACUCACUGAUGCUCCCUUGCAUUUCAGACAGUGCCGGAAUAUGCUGCUGCACUGCUAUUGAGGUGACAUAGUAACAUGUGGACCUAUGGACUUGUAAUGUAGAUUGCAAACCUUUUGACAUUUUGGUCAUUGAAGCGGAUUCAUGUUUGGGAUUGUGGAUUGGACCGGGAACGGUUGAGCGACUGAACUAUUUUCAACCCACCCAUUAAGGUAUUUCCCCCAUUGUUUUCGGUGGAAUACUUAUUGGCCCCGUCCCCGAGGGGGGCCACCCUGCCCCUAUAAAGGACCACUGCAGGCCGUCAGGGCAUCUCCCCCAGGGGCAGCUGAGGAAUGGGAAAGCCCCUGAGCCGGCCAGACUGCCUGAGGCAAAACCCCCGAUGCCUGGGGAAGGGGGACGAGGAUGAGGCCUACAUCGAGGACUGCUAUGUCCCCCAGCGUUCCAUCUACGACACCAUGCGCAUCAACGAGCAGAUCGACCAGGGCUCCUCCAAGCUCAGCCAGCCAUCGCGCAGCACCCUGGGCUCUGGCGGCGGCGGAGAGGCCAGCACCCUCUCCAGCAACGGCACCAUCGGGGCUGACUUAGGGAGCGUCUUUGUGUCAAGGGCGCACGCUGAUGCCGGAGUUAAAAGACUGGACGAAAGGGUGAUCUUUGACGCCCUCAAGCUAACCGGCGAUCCCCAGAGCAUGUCACCACCUGGAAGUUGCGGUGGUUCUGGUUUACCCAUCACACCCUUGUCCUCUGCCUCCUGUGGGGCAGCCGCAGUAAAAAGGCGCCACCAGGGCGGCGAUAAGAAAGACAACCCCAAUCGUCGCUCCUGGAAGGCGUUUAUGCCCCCCAGUUACCCAGAGUUUGCAGAGAGGCUUGAGUUUUCUCCUGGGGACAGUGCUGAGAAGCGUUUGUCCGGACCUGCGAUUCCACUUUCUCUACUUCCGCCACCAACCCUCACCUCCACACCCCCCUUACCUCCUUACUCACCUUCCAUUGUGUCGUCCGGGGGUCCUCACACUCCUCCUGUCUCAUCCUCCCCUUCGUUGACACUGAGUCCCAUUCCCCCCCUCCAACAGCACCCUGUCAGCAGGCAAAAACAACUUCACCCCCUGCUCCAAAAACAACACAAGCAAACACAUGCACUACCCUCCCCCUCAAAAGAACAACCAUCGGUGCAGUUACCUACCCAUCCCCACCAGGGCUCUGGGGGCACCCCACAGCAGAGUCCCAAUGCUACCGCCCAGCUGGACAAAAAAAAGGACAAGCAUCAUAGGCGCCCGGCUGUAUCUCCCAAAGCUGGUAUCAAGAUAAUUACUGAGGAGAGCCCUGAAGCAGCCAAGGCUUCUGACUCUGAAAGAGAGACGGACUCUCCUCUCCUAGAACAAGACCUGGACAAAGCCCCUCUCCUACCCCAGUUGGCUCCACCAAAACCUGUGUUCUGCCCCCCGACCAAAGCACGCACCUGGCCCCGAAGUAUGAGAGGGGGGAAGCGGUCUCACGGGGGCAUGCGCCACCUCUUCCCCGUCCUGCCCCCCCUGCCACCCUUAUUGGGAGAGGACAGUGACCUGGACGAGGAGUCAUUCUACCUACUGGACCCCCCCUCACCUUUCCUCCAGGAAGAGGAGGGGCUGGCCCAUGGAGGGCUGCCACUCACCCCCUGCCUCAGCCAAGAGGAGGGUGAAGUGGGACUCUUGGGCUGGGCUCCCCCUAAUGGUGAGCUCCGGCAACGAACCGCCUCUGAGCUCAAAUUCGAGGAGGAUGAACGCAGGAUCUUACAGGAGCUGGAGGAAGAAGAAGUGGACAUGGAGGAAGAAGGAAAAGGGGAGGAAGAAGGGACAAGAGAGGGGGGAGAAGUGGCAGAUAAGAAAGGAGAAAUUGAAGAAGAGGAGGAGAGGGAGUGGGAGGCAAUGCUGAAGCUGGAGAAUAGGGAGAUAAUGGACCGAUGUUGGGAGGGGGACUCUGGAGAGGGCUGGGAACCCCAACAAUCAGAGUCUUCUGGACAUUGGCCCCUUCUGACCCCUCCAACAGGUUUUGGUGGGCCUAGGGCCCCAAGUGCCUCCCCCUGCCCCAGCUCAGGGGCCGGUUCAGAUGACCUUUUCCUAGAGCUGGAGAGACAAUGUUUAGAGGAGGAGGGAGGGGAGAGCUCUAUGGACCCUGAAUCUAAUGAGGCAACAGAGCCCAACACCCUAGCCAGUGUAGAGGAGGAGGAGGAGGAGGAGGAGGAAGAGGAGGAGCAGGAGGAAGCCACUGAUGCCUGUGUAUGUCUUGUGAAAACUGCCCCUAUGUAUAUCGAUCAAAGGACAGAGACUGAUUGCGCUGAGCCCCGGUUGGAAAACCCCUUCUCAGUUUCAGCACCUCCUUGUCCUGAACACAUAGACCAGGUCCAACUACAGACAUCUGAACACAUGGACCAGGUCCAACUACAGACACCUGAACACAUGGACCAGGUCCAACUACAGACAUCUGAACACACCGACCUGGAGGAAGCACAACUCUGUUAUGACCUCCACCAGGUUCUCGUUGAAGGUGAACAAUGUCAUAUUGAUGAAGAAGAGCAAUGUGUAAUUGAUUAUGAAGGCGAAGAAGAGCAGAGUUUUCCCGAGACGACUGCGAUGGACUCGGUCUGCGGUCCUCUCCCUGAGUCCGACUCAAGCGGGGUCCACAUGUCCCAGCCGGACAGAACUGCUUGGUCCGACACCACCCAGAACGACUGUGAACACGAGCCGCCCGCUGAGAGCGAGUGGGAACUGGACAGCGGGUCGUCAUCGGUUCAAGAGGUCGAGGAGGUGCGCGAGGAAACAGGGUUGUGCCUCCACAUGGCCUUCCCACCUCCUCCAUCCCCCAGCCCACAGAACCCUUAUGCCAAAGGGGAAGAACAGGAGGUGGAGGAGGUGAAGGAGAGGGCGCCAGACUGGAGUGCACGUGAGCAACCUGAGCCUAGUUGGGACAGUGGGUCCCCUGGGUCGACCCACUCAGAUGAAGAAAUGAGAGUUAGUGCUGCAGAGGAUGUUGAUGUACUAACUUCCUGUCAAGAAGAGCUGUUCUCUUCAGAGAUUAGUGACAUUGCUAAGGAGACAACCUCUGUCACUGAGGGGAUGACACUUGCGUCAUCAGACACUUGGAACUGCUCUGUCCCCGCAGAUAAGGUUUCUUCUCUGAACAUGUCUGGGCAAGACAAGGACCAGAGGUCCACAAGCACCCCCAAAGCUCUUGAAGACACUCUCCCUCGUUCACACUCCCUGCCCAACAAAGAGACUCUGCCCCCCCUUCACCCUUACCACUGUCCCCCGUCAAGCACGAGCCAAGAGGGCCAGGCCUGGACAGCAAAAACUCUGACGCUUUUGUGGCCACUGACAGUUUUGUUUACCUGGCGGUCUCCGUGCCACCCCCGUUCCCUCAGGACUGCCCCCCCUCCCCGCUGGAAUCCUCAACACCCCCCAGCCCCAGCCCUGUCCCCAAACCCUGCCCUGAGCCAGACGAUGGGGCCUUCCUUUGCUCCGACAGCUUUGUUUACUUGGCCGCCCCGGAGCGGCUCCCCCAGGUGUCCGACGGAGGUUCCGCAUGUGAGGACGCCCAGGAGCUGGACUAUGGAGACUCGUACUCUGAGAGUACCCAGUCGGGAGUGGACUUCGUCCUUGGGUCCAUGACCGGGGACAGUGACUGGGAGUCUGACGGCUCGGCCUUGGACCCCCCUUGUACCAACAGGGAGUGGGAAGAGCUGGAAUCUGGGUUACUCCAGGGGCU